UGGGUUUUCCUAAGCAAGGGACGUCACCCUGUAUUUUGGCGAAAUAUGUCAUUUAGGUCAUUUUGACUAAUGACUUUUUAUAAAUCUUACAUCUAUAAAUAGGACACUAGGACCAAGAAUUUUCCAUACUAUAAAAAUCCGCUGAAGGACACAAUUGAAAGAUAAAAAAUGGAUGAUACUGAUUUACCUGUUACGAUAUCAAUGCGUUCCAUCAGUGACUAUUUUAUUUGCUCAAUAUGCAUGUGUUCAAUGAAAGAGACGCACAUGACAAAAUGUGGCCACAGAUAUUGUGUGAAGUGUAUACAAGAAUGGGUGGAUCGAAGACACAAAUGUCCGUGCUGUAACACACAACUAGACAAAGAUCAGCUCAUUAAAGACCACCAGUAUGAUAGUCUUAUUGGUGCUAUACUUAAAGAAAAAGAGAAAUCCGAAGAAACAUAUUUUGAAUCACUUAUUCACACCAGUUCAGGUGAAAAUGGUAUAAAAAUGGAAGAAAUAAAAUUAUCACCUAUUGAGGCUGUUUUCAAAAAUCAUUUGAAGGACAAUUUAGGAGCUCAUGAAAAAUGUCUUCAGACACUUAAGAAACAGUUACAUACAAGAUUAAAGAAAUUAGAACAGGAAGUACAAUCGGCAAGGGAAGAACUUAAAACACAGGGUUUAUUUCAGACAGAUUUAGAUCAAGAAAAAGGAAAAAUAGACAACAAUUUUACCAAUCACAAAGCAGAACUGGAGAAGGAAUUUGAGUCAUGUUGUCAACUUAUUGCUCAGGCUUAUGACAAACAUUUAACAGAACACAUACCUAAGCUAUCAGUAUUACCUGUAAAAAUAACUAUCAACGUACUACCUAAAGAUCUGAAGAUAUCCGAUGUAGUGUUUGCACCUACAGAUAGGACAAAACCUCGAGUGAUAGGAGCAGUGGAGGGUGCCAUGUCUGCUAAUAAAGAUAAAGUAGUCAAAUGGCCAGAUGAUGUUCAGUUUAUAUUAUUUGGACCAUUUGCUAAAUGUAAUCAGCAUGAAACAGAGAAAGUAGUUCAGGAAGUGUUACAGAAUGGAGUUACCUAUCCUGAUGUCACAGUAUUAGACAGCCAAUCAAUGCCUGUUUUACAUCAAAGCAUGUCACCAGGAAGUGAAAUAGUGAUAUUUGGAGAGGUAAAGUUUGAAAGUGAUCUACCAAAGAAAUGUUUUGCUGGUCUGUACAAAAAUGAAGAAGAUCAGAUAGUGGACUACUUCAUAUGCCAAUCAUGUAAUUUCAAAUGGAUUUGCAGAAGCUGCAUGGAAGUUUGUCAUAAAGGACAUGUGAUCCAACCAUACAUAAUGAAUUUUCAUCCAUCAUGGGCUUGUUGUUACUGUCCGAAGAACAAGAAAUGUAUAAUAAGAGAAUAGAGACAUGUAAAAAUGACCAUAACAUACCUGUGAUAUAUACAUAAUUAUUUUUAUCUGGACAUUUUAUAAUAUAAUCUCACAAUAUCACUUGUUAUUCCUGUUGUUAUUCCAGAUUAAAAAAAGAACCUAAUCUA